AGCUUCAUUAGUCGUCACAGGGAGGCAAGGCUGUGACUCAUGCCUGCGUGCACAGAGACCAAUGGGCAGCGCGAGCCUCACGUAUAAAUAACGAAUAAAAAAAUAUUCUUCAGGGAGAAGAAAGGGUCACUCGCGCGCGGCUGGAUGGGAUUUUAUUAGCGCGCUCUGUUGGUAUUCCUCCUCUGCCUCUUCCUCUGGACUAAUUGUGCUGCUUGUCGCGCCUUUGGGGGCCAACUGGAACAUCAGUUAUAGUUUGGACUCGACAACCUGUGAGCCGUUGAAUUAUUUCCCAGCUGGAGAUCAGACACCAGGAGAGGAGUGAUGGCCACGUCUGAACCGAGAGCCAGCGGCGGGGACCAGGACCCCAACUCUGCUAAUUUAAGACCCCCGACCACAACAAACGAUUACGCGUGGAUGCACGGAUGCACACGGAAACUGGGGAUGAAGAUCUGUGGGUUCCUGCAGAAGAACAACAGCCUGGAUGAGAAGGGGAGGCUCGCGGGGCAGAAGAACCUGCUCUCGUGCGACAACAGUGACAGAGACGCGCGCUUCCGCCUCACCGAGACCGACUUCUCCAACCUGUUCGCUAGAGACCUGCUGCCAGCCAAAAAUGGAGAGGAGCCCACCAUACAAUUUCUGCUGGAGAUUGUUGAAAUCCUCACCAACUAUGUGAAGAAGACCUUUGACCGCUCCACUAAGGUGCUGGACUUCCACCAUCCUCACCAGCUUCUGGAGGGUAUGGAGGGCUUCAACCUGGAGCUGUCCGACCAGCCAGAGUCCCUGGAGCAAAUCCUGGUAGACUGUAGGGACACGCUCAAGUACGGGGUACGGACAGGUCACCCACGUUUCUUCAACCAGCUGUCUACUGGUCUGGACAUCAUUGGACUCGCCGGAGAGUGGCUCACCUCCACUGCUAACACCAACAUGUUCACCUACGAGAUCGCUCCAGUGUUUGUGUUGAUGGAGCAGCUGACUCUGAGGAAAAUGAGAGAGAUGAUUGGCUGGCCCGACGGAGAGGGAGACGGUAUCUUUUCACCAGGGGGCGCUAUCUCUAACAUGUACAGCGUGAUGAUUGCACGCUACAAGUAUUUCCCUGAGGUCAAGACCAAGGGCAUGUCUGCUGCUCCUCGCCUUGUCCUCUUUACAUCUGAACAUAGCCACUACUCCAUAAAGAAGGCUGGAGCUGCGCUGGGCUUUGGCUCGGAGAAUGUGAUCCUGCUGCGCACAGAUGAGAGAGGGAGAGUCAUUCCUGCAGAUCUGGAGGCCAAGAUCAUUGAUGCCAAACAGAAGGGUUACGUUCCACUGUUUGUGAACGCCACAGCUGGUUCUACAGUGUAUGGUGCGUUUGACCCCAUCAAUGAGAUCGCUGACAUCUGUGAGAAAUACAACCUGUGGCUCCAUGUUGAUGGAGCGUGGGGUGGUGGACUGCUGAUGUCCAGGAAGCAUCGCCACAAGCUCAAUGGAGUUGAGAGGGCGAACUCUGUCACGUGGAACCCUCACAAGAUGAUGGGCGUCCCACUUCAGUGCUCUGCCAUCCUGGUCAGAGAGAAGGGAAUCCUGGCAGGCUGUAACUCCAUGUGUGCAGGUUACCUCUUCCAACCAGACAAACAGUACGAUGUCACAUACGACACAGGGGACAAAGCGAUCCAAUGCGGCAGACACGUCGACAUCUUUAAGUUCUGGCUCAUGUGGAAGGCUAAGGGCACCAUCGGGUUUGAACAGCACAUUGACAAGUGUUUGGACCUGUCCCAGUACCUCUACAACAAGAUCAAGAACAGGGAGGGAUAUCAGAUGGUGUUCGAUGGAGUGCCUCAGCACACCAAUGUUUGUUUCUGGUAUAUCCCGCCCGGCCUGAGAGGAAUGCCUGAGGGUGAUGAACGGCGAGAAAAACUCCACAGGGUAGCGCCAAAGAUCAAGGCCAUGAUGAUGGAGUCCGGGACCACCAUGGUGGGCUACCAGCCUCAGGGUACUAAAGUCAACUUCUUCCGUAUGGUCAUCUCCAACCCUGCUGCUACUCAGUCUGACAUCGACUUCCUUAUUGAUGAGAUUGAGAGGCUGGGUCAAGACCUGUAGAGGUCUCCACCAGCGCCACUCUAGUGGCCAGAAGGUGAAACUAUGAGCUAUAUCUGAUGUAUUUUUAACAAGAAAAAACACUCACAGUGCUGCAGACAGAGUAACGACAGGACGUAGGUUCUUUACAUCCCGUCUAUCUUUACCUGAAGCAUCCUGACUGUUUUUCGGAAGUCAACGGAAGAGAGAGAAACAGAGAGAGAGAGACACUGUGAGUUCAGUACUCGCUCGUCCUGCAUAGUUCCUCCUAUAGACCAAGUAUAUAUAAAAAUAAGUAUCUGAAUGCUCCAGGUACAACAAACACACUCUGAUGUAUGUGUGUGUUGUAAUGUGUGUGUGAUCUAGUUUCUCGUCCAAUGUAGUUUGUCUGUUAAUGUGUGUGUGUGCCUGAGUGUGUGUGUGUGUGUGUGUGUGCGCGUGCUUGUGUGGGUUUUUGAACAAACACUAAUAGGGAGAAAAGCACAGAUUCAUACUAUAAAAAAAUCAUUAUAAAACUAUUCUUUGAUAUACUGGUAUGGAUUGUGUCUGAGGGAGACUGAAAUCAUUCCUGAGUGAAGACAAAGAUUCAAGAAUCAGCCUAAUACGAUACUAUUUAAAUCGUAUCCUUUAAAGAAGAAAAUUCUAAUAUAUAUAUGAUCAGAUGUUCAUUAACAUUCCUAGUUUUAAAAACUUCCUGGUGUGAAGAUUUUAGGUCCUGUCUCGAUGAUAGGAUGUGGAGAGAGAUUUUAUUGAAGGGAAAAAAAGAACAUGUUCUAACAAACCUGAUGAGACCCACAAUAAGAUAAUCCAUAGUGACCCCAGUUACUGGAUGUAAAUAUGAGCCUAUGUGCUCAUCAAUACAGCUGUGGCACUUCAGGCCAUCUUCUGCAGUCAUGUCUUAAAUUGACAAGUUUCUGUAAAUCCAAAGUGAGAUCAAGAAAAUAUUUGGGUUUGACAUCCUUCUGGGGCUGGACUUCUGUUGUGACUGUAGCUACAGCUACAUUCUUAGAGUUACCUGGUACGCUGCACGCCUCACAGUGUUACAGAAAUGGUUUGACAAAGAGCCCUGUGAUGUCACAGUGUGAUAUGAACAACGUAUGUCCAUCUCGCCAUUGGAGAGAUUAUCACAUUGGAGGUCCUCAUUAGUAAUACUCCUGAAAGAAGAAUGGUUUAGUGUAACGUGUUUGGGGAUAUCAAAUAUAACUGAAUAAUAUAUGAAAGAUUUUAUUUUGCGAUAUUUGCUAGAUGUGAUUACUGCUAUUGCUAGCUGGUUGUUUUUGUUUGUUUGUUUUCAUGUGUUUGGCUCUGUUCCUGUUUGUGGUUUUCAAUGUUUCUUGAACUAAUUUGUGGGUCCUUGUAACACAUUAUUAUGAUUAAAAUAUACAUUUAAAAGAUAAAAUACAACUAUUCUGCUCUAUCAUAUAUUUGCUUCACAAAAUUGAAUGACUGGUGCUUUCAGCUGUAUAUUAUAUUUAAUCUCAGUGCACAUAAGCCGUGUACAUGUCCCAUAAACUGUGUGUGUGUGUGUGUGCGUGUGUGUGCGUGUGUGUGUGUGCAUGUGGCACACUGAGUGUAUCUGUUGUGUAUUCUAGGCUAACAGUGUGAUGAAAUAAGCUUAUUAUGACCUAAUGUGCACACCAUAGGUAGCAAAUGUAUCAAGCUGAGAGGUGCAAGAUAACCUGUCAGAAAAGUCUGCAAUAUUUCCUCGUAGAAGAUUUAGAUUAAGAUUAAAAAUGUCAGCAGCUUUCCCGAGUCUGUGACGACUUUGAACGUGUAAAACGCUGGCUCGUUGUCUAUUUCAUGCAAUCAUGUGAUACCCAUGUGUGUCUAUAAACAUUGUUAAGAUAUUUGAUUAUAUAAGAUAUUUAUUGAAUUUCCACUGUUUGCAGAUUCAGGUAUUUUAUUGUAAAUGUAUCUCUAUGUGUAUUACACAGUAAUACAUUUGUAAAUGUAAUUAAAGGACGUUUAUUUAUAGUGAUUUUGUCAGCCAAAGAAAGAGAACAAUCCAUUGUCCUUCAUAUAGAACUUCAUAUAGAUUAUAGGUGUUUGUAAAAUGUGACCUAUUGACCCUCGACUGCAAUGCAAAUUUCUAUCGUGUUUUCUUUCUGUGAUUGUGAGUCUUUCUGACUGAAUGUUUAGAGACGGCCUUCUGAUGAGAUUAAGAAUGAAGUCUGUGUAAUCCUCUGGCAGCCGUGCCGGUUCCUUUAUUUUAAAGAAAAGCACAAGGAUGUGAGAAUGUACUCUCUUCUCGAGACUGUGAAGAAAGGGUUGUUGUAUCUGUUUAAAUCCUGAUGCAUUUACUGUAAUAUAAUAUAUUAACUGUUCUACAUAUUACCUGUAUUCUCAGUGUUAUGGGAGCUCGAUGGAAUAUCUUGUAUCCAGAGUUCCUGUUUGUGUCUUUGCACAAUGUUCACCUUUCUUUCUUCCAUUGUAAAUGGAUGUGUACCAAUGGCAGUAUAAUAUAAGACUUAUAUUAACAAAGUAUUUAUGGUAUCUUGGGACCAUAUGUGAAUGGCACAGUUGUAUAAAUCAUAUUUAAGGUAACCUGUGUACUGUACGUGGCCAAUGACUCCUGUAUGUGAACAAUCUGGGUUUUUGAUGAAGCCAGCUGUAAGGGAACGAUUUUCAGUCGGCACUUUAACAGAAUCAACUGGAGAAAAAAAAUCUUUAAAUAAAGUUUAUUAAAGGGAAAAA